GUGCCAUACUGAUGGUUCCACAAAGUACGCUAAAUUAAUAAAUAUGAUAUAAUACCAAGCAAUUCAUCCUGGAUUCGGAACUGUACAGAAUUAUGGAUACAUCCCAUCUGAACACAGGCGUUCCCUACAAAGUCACGUUACUAAGAGACUGUGGGUGUGCGGCUGCAGUCUACUUUUCUGCAACUAGAACCAGCACUUUAUCUGUAAAGCCUCUUUUUGAUAUCUGGCCCUGCCAGAUCGGAGGAGGGCGUCUUGAAUCGUUUCUUUUUUUUUCGAGAAAAAUAAUCUGAUAUGCUGUACGUCAAACGGAUAGAAAAAGUCAAAUCAAGGGCCCU